GGCUCAACGACGUGAUGCACAUGGUCACAUGGGGGAUGGUUUUUUGUGAUCACAGCUUUUAUAGGAAAUGUAAAAACAUUUCAACAUUUGCUGCCAGUUGCUCUAGUGCGCGCAAUGAACGUACACUGGACAGCGAGCUAUGUAUAUUAUGUGAUGAAUGAAACUGGAGACAACAUGUGAAUUUAACAAGGAUGGUGAUCACGCAACGUAAGAUGAAACAGGCCGUAUUUUUCAUCAUCUCUAUCAUAUUAGUUUUAGGUUUCUAUAAGGGCUGGGCAAAAACAGAAGAAGACCAACCUUAUCAGAACAAAAAUCUCCAUGUUAUUAAGCGAGAUGAUAACAAUUUGAAUGAGAUUGACAAACUGUUAGAGACGGAAAAUGAUGCACCUUAUGUCGAAAUAAAUGAUCUUCAUGAAGCAAAGACUCGGAUUCGAGAUUUGGAAAAUAAACUUCAUCUAAUAGAAGCUAAGAUCGAGAGCAGAGUUCCCAAAAACUUUCCUGUGGUCAAGUUUCUCAACUAUAAAAACAGGAAGAGAAUUUUAGUCACUGGUGGAGCUGGUUUUGUUGGUUCUCAUCUAGUUGAUCGCUUAAUGUUAGCUGGACAUGAGGUUAUUGUUGCAGACAAUUUUUUUACUGGUAGAAAGAGAAAUGUCGAACAUUGGGUUGGCCAUGAAAAUUUUGAACUUGUACAUCAUGACAUUGUCAGACCUCUGUACCUCGAGGUGGACGAAAUUUAUCAUCUCGCAAGUCCUGCAAGUCCCCCACACUACAUGCAUAAUCCUGUUAAAACAAUCAAAACAAAUACCAUUGGUACCAUUAACAUGUUGGGCCUAGCUAAAAGAGUUGGUGCUAGAGUUCUCAUUGCAAGCACAUCAGAAGUUUAUGGAGAUCCUGAUGAACAUCCUCAGGCAGAAACGUAUUGGGGCCACGUCAAUCCCAUCGGACCCAGAGCUUGUUAUGACGAGGGCAAGCGUGUUGCUGAGACAUUGAGUUAUGCAUACAUGCGACAAGAGGGUAUUUCGGUGCGAGUUGCUCGUAUUUUCAACACUUUUGGCCCCAGAAUGCAUAUGAAUGAUGGGAGAGUAGUAUCUAAUUUCAUUCUACAGGCCUUGCAGAAUGACUCGAUCACCAUUUAUGGAAAUGGAAAACAGACCAGAUCAUUUCAAUACGUUUCCGACCUGGUUGAUGGGCUUGUUACCCUUAUGGCUUCGAAUUACACCUUGCCUGUGAACAUAGGCAAUCCUGUCGAACACACCAUAGAAGAGUUCGCGUCAAUAAUAAAGGAGCUAGUCGGAGGAACGAGUAAAAUAGUAGAGCUUGCGGCGGUGGAAGAUGAUCCGCAAAGGCGAAAACCGGACAUUACUAGAGCAAAAGAAUACUUAAAUUGGGAGCCAAAGGUCCCGUUAUCCGAGGGUCUGAAACAGACAGUAGCUUAUUUUAGGAAAGAAUUGCAAAGGACGAAACACUCGCAGAAGGGUAAUUCGGAAAUAAACACCAAAGUAUCGUUCAAAAACGAUCAUGACAUAAUCGAGCAAUUGUAAAUACGUAUAGAUGUAUAAAAUAAUGACACAUUAAGAAAAAUAACGAAUGGUGGUGCGACAGCCAUUGACUAUCAAUGUGAAAAGUGAUGGUGGGGUUCAUGUCAUGUCAGAUUUUAGGUCGCUAGAAUCAAACCAUCAUGUGCCAAAUACCUCUCCAUGCAAAAAGAUGCGUAUUGACUUUUUCAAAAAAUCAAGCCAUCAAUAUUUCCCGAUAUUUUUAACGAAAUAAAAGAUGGAGAGUUCAGCCCUUGAAAUUUAUAAAUUAGUUGAAAAUGAUAGUGUUUGAAAUGUCAUUGAUUUCUAUUUUAUAGUGAGACUUUAUUUACCGAUUUAACGAAUGCUAUUAAUUUAACAAAGUCGCAAGACUAUCAUUUCCACAAAGAAAUGAUUGUGUUAUAAAUGGUUGUUGUUUUUCUUGUUCUUAUUUCGUCUGCAGGAACAAGGGUGUAAAUUUUUGAUGAUAUUUAUUAUAGUAGUUCCGUAGCGAGUGCGUUAGAUUAUUUGUAAUUGUAAUUAUGAUUUGUAAAUUAAAUUGAUAUACAAUUGAAUAUAUAGGUAAUAUUGAAUAAUAAGACUUGUAAUAUAUUGUAUACUAUGUAAUGUAAUAAAUAGCGCAAGUAUCGAACA